AUGAGGCUGGCAAAGAAGGGAUUGCUAGAGCACCUAGACGCUAUGAAGGCCCCAGAAGAAGGAGACGCAAGCGUCAACUUGGAAAGUCAACGACAUGAAGGCCUUCGCGAUUGUGUCCACAAUGAUCAGCACAAAUCUUCAGUCAAUGGUGCGCACGGCAGAGACAACGGCAAAAGCAUGGGACAUACUGAAGCUUUCUUCUGCGGCAAAGUAUGCACAAUCGUGUGCAGUUGCGGCGGCAACUACAGAGUUCAGUUGGCCAAGGAGGAGCUCAUGGUCACUCCUGAGUUUGACGAGUGUGCAUGA